GGCACGCCGAGGCCAUAUCUGACCACGGCUGCCAUGGCGAGCCUCAACAAGCUCGCAAUCCGCGGCAUACGCUCCUUCGACGACAAAGAUGUUCAAAUUAUCCAAUUUUUCUCACCUGUUACUGUCGUAGUUGGUCACAAUGGCAGUGGAAAAACUACAAUCAUUGAAUGUCUGAAGUACGCGGCGACUGGCAAACAGCCGCCAAACACGAACGGCGGCGCGUUCGUCCACGACCCCAAGUUGGCCAACGAGAACGAGGUGAAGGCACAGGUGAAGCUGCAGUUUACCGCUGCGAACAAUUCUGUGAUGGAAGCGACUCGCAAUCUCAAAAUCACCGCGGGCGGGGUCGAUGCUUUGAAGUCGAACUUUACCUCCCUGGAGGGCAUCUUGAGUACGAAGGGUGCGGAGGGAACUGGCAAGCGAGCUACUAUCUCGACUAGAUGCGCUGAGAUGAACGUCGAGAUUCCACAGCUGUUUGGUGUUUCCCAAGCUGUUCUCGAUAAUGUCAUUUUUUGCCAUCAGGAGGACUCUUGCUGGCCGUUAGCCGAGUCUUCCGUCUUGAAGAAGAAGUUUGAUGGCAUCUUCGAGGCUACCAAAUACACUAAGGCUUUAGACGCUAUCAGGUCUCUGCGCGACAAAAAAGCUCAGGAACUCAGGAUUGAGAAAGAACAGCUUGACUCGCUUAGGCUCGAGAAAACGCGCUCUGAUGGGCUAAAGGCGCGCUUCUCGGAGCUGACAAGGUCUAUUGCGGCGAAAUCUCACGAGUAUAAGGAGGCUGAGAAGAAACAUGCGCUGAAAGUCGCCUCAAAUCAGGAGUUCUGCGAGUCUUUCACCAAAUCCCGUGAGAUCUGCGUAAAGGUUGACGGUUUGACCGCCACCAAGAGGCGUUACGAAGAGGAGCUCGGCAAUCUCAAGGGAAGCCUGCAAGAGCUGGCUGGCUCAGACAGGGAGUUACAGGAUAGGCUUAACAGCUUUAAAGCUCACGUCUUCGAGCAAGAACGAAAGAGAGCUGCUCGGCUCGAUGAUAUCCAGAAUCUGAAGUCUGAACUUGAUCGCACCAGGACAAUACGUGAUGGAAAGCUCAAUGAACAUGGAGAGCUCGUUGCGCAAGCCAAAGCACAUGACAUUGUACUGGAAAAACGCGAGCAGCUCAUCAAGGAUCUGGCGGCGAAAUAUAGCAUGAGAGGCUUUGAGAGCACCCCUCUUGAUGAAGAACGGAUCCUAGAUUUCAUCAUGCGCAUCGAAGAUACACAGCGACGUCUCCACACCGAAUCUGCCGACUUUCAAAGCAAGCAAAAGUGCUUGUCCGCUGAAUACAACACGAGGUUCACACAAUUGCGCUCGGAACGCGAGAGCUAUAGGGGGCGCAAGAAGGAUCCACAAGAUCGGAGUGAGAUCUUACGCAAGCAGAUAAGCGCAAAGCUGCGCGAUUUUAGUGAUCUCGAGAGCGCUACAUCCGAGAACGCGACGGUCGAGGCCGACAUCGAGAAAGCACAGCACAGCAUCGACCAUGCGAAGGAGAUCAUCAGGGAAGCGAAGUUCGACGAGCGCAUGAACAAGAAGACAGCGGAAAGAGAAGAGCGUGCUGCACACCAUGGCACUCUCCAGGCUGAACUUGCAAGCGUUGUUAAGCAAUCGUCUGAACAAGGCGAGUUGAAGUUCAAGCGUGAACAACAACAGCGUAAGGAGUUUGAGCUCAAGAAAGCGCUCGAGGCUAGCAAUCCCUUAUUCCAGAGAUUUAUUGGCUCUGAUGCCGUCCCUGGAACGAUGGAACGAGAGUUGAGCCGCGUGUCCAUAGAAAAGGACGCGAAGCUUUCCACGCUGAUAGACGCUGCCAGGGCCGCAAGCCAGGAUGUCCAAACGAUCGAUACCGCUCUCAUGUCGCUGCGAGCACAAAUCAAGGAGAAGUCUGAGGAGAUCGCAGGGCUUGAUAUGCAGAUCAAGGAUGACAUGGACGCUGUAGUCAGCUUGCUCAACAUUCCAGACCCAUAUAAGGCCCUGUCAGAAGCAGAAAAAGCGACUGCUUCUGCGAGGAACGAGAUUGCCUCGGCCAAAGGCGGAGGUCCAAAGUUACAGGAGCUGAAGAAAUCUGGCAACGAGAGAAAAUGCUGCCCCUUAUGUGAUCGAAACAUGAACAACCAGGAGCUCCGUGUUUUUGAGCGCAAGAUCGACGAAGAAGUAGCGAAGUCCAGUCAGGAGAAUAUCCAAGAUCUUGAGCGAGAGUUGACGGAGUGGGAGCACGUAUGGAAGCAACUGCAGAGUGCCUCACAAAAGGCUACAACUCGCGACAGGCUGAAGAACACUGAUAUUCCGGCGUUAGAGAGACAGAUCAAGGAGAAAGAGGGUGAACUUUCCGGAGCGAGGAUCGUAGGCGAAGAGGCUACUCAGCGUGUCAACGACGCAGCGAAAGAAAUGAACGAGCUUAAUGAGCUAAAACGUAGUGCCACUAGUAUCUCUGAAAUACAACGAGAGUUGGCGACACUGAGGCUGGACGUCGAUAGGCUGGAGACGACUCUCCUUGCCUCUGGCUCAACGAAGACUGUGGAAGAAGUGCAGGCCCAGGCCGAACUCCUUAAGGUUAAGAUCGACGGCAUCGAUCAAGAACUGCGGUCUUUCGCCGCCGAGAAGGAACUCCAGAGCAGCGCAUUGACCGAGCGCAAGGAAGAGUUGCAUGAGCUCGAGAAGAAACAAGCCAACCUCAAGGGCAAGCUUCGCGAGAAAACAUCUCUGGAAGACCGGAUCAAGAGCAUGAAGGAAGACGUCGAGAGCGCCGCCAACACUAUCAGAGAGCUCGACGCAAAAGUCUCGGAUUUGGAUCCUGUCAUCGAGCAACUAGAGCAAGAGCACCAGGCUGCAGACCAGAAACUGAGCGAGAAACUCGCGCUAGCCCGGAGCGCAGCCCAAGAUGUCGAUAGCAGUAUCAACACACUGGAUGAUCUCACGCACACUAUCGAGCAGUAUGUCCAAGACGAAUGCGCCCGCCAUCUCAAGGAGUGCUCCACCGAGAUCAGAGAGCUCGACAGCCAGAUUGCGGAGCUGGAGCGCAAACAGGCCGAGGCGGACGAGGAGGCGAGUAGUAUCUUAAAGGGAAUUAACGAAAGUACUGCUGCCCUGCCCAACCUCCACAACAACUUGCGCGCCAGGCAGCUCGUCAACGACAUCGCCAAUAUGCAAGCUGAGAUCAACAAGUACGACAUGAAGGAGGCGGUGCAGGCGAUGCAUCUCUUCGAUGAGAAGUAUCCCUCCGAGAAGGAUGAGGAGACCGGGUUGCAGAACACGGUCGCUUACCUCGAUGGAGUGAUAGCUACGAACAACCAAGAACUCGAAUCUCUUCAAAUCAAGCUUCAAGAGAACUACAACGACAUCAAUAGGCGCUACCGGGACAAGCUAAUCAAAGUCAAGCUGUCUGGCAUGGCCAACAAUGACCUAGAGAAGUAUGCCAAGGCUCUCGAUAGUGCUAUUAUGAAGUAUCACUCUUUAAAGAUGGAGGAAGUCAAUGAUACCAUGCGACACCUAUGGAACAAGACAUACCAGGGGACGGACAUCGAUGGUAUCAAGAUUUGUUCGGACUCGGACACCACCGGGAAAAGAAGGUCACACCAGUAUCGGGUCGUUAUGACAAAGGAUCAGGCGGGGAUGGACAUGCGCGGACGCUGCUCAGCAGGGCAGAAGAUGCUGGCGUCUAUCAUCAUCCGACUUGCACUUGCAGACUCCUUCGGCCAGAAUUGCGGUAUCCUGGCCCUAGACGAACCCACGAACGCGCUCGAUACCGAGAAUAUCGCCGCACUUGCCUCGAGUCUCGCAGACAUCAUCAAUGAGCGCAAACAUCAUGCGAACUUCCAGCUCAUAAGCAACGUGCUCGAUCAACAGCACUGGCGGCCCUUGGAAUGCACCCGAUCUAACGACGAGCUCUAUCAACGAGGAAAGCUUUCUGCGCAUGGCUGAGGUCGAGCUUGGCUGGUGAUGCUGUCUGUCUGCGAUUUGCAACUUUGCGCCCUGCUGCAACUGUCUCGUCCUUCCGUAAUGCAUAGCCUCAAAUUGUAUUGGGAUUCCCGCUCUCUGCCUGUUUCUGGUCAUAGUCCGGCGCUGGCAAGUGGGUCAGUGACGAGGGCCCCAGGCAGGACGUUCGUAAACGUCUCUCGGAAACGCUGCGAAGGGGAUUUCAAUC